UAUCGGUUUAGUCAUAAUAAUAAGGACGACUUCGUGGCUGUGGUAACUAGUGAAGACCGCAGUCAAGCUAACAACAACAACAGAUCAAACAGGUUUAAAAUAUGUUCACAUCGAAUGAACUAACUACGAAUAACUUCAACAACGGAGAAAAUUGAGAUAUUUUCUGCAGGAGUGUCCAGUGACUAACUACUAACUAGUGAACUACAUAUUAUGAUGCCAUGGAGGAUAGGAAGCUGAAGAGAAAGAUUUCCAGGCCCUCCACCAACCAGGCCCCUGCCCCACCAACCAGCACCCGGAAGAGCACCGCCUCAGGACGGCAUCUGGGCUUCAGCCACAUGGGUACACACUCCAGCCAGAAGGGGAAGAGCCGCAGGGGUGUGAAGGCCAGACCGCAGCAGGCUUCAGGCAGUAAGGCAGGCCAGAGUCAGGCGGACCCCAUCCAACACUCCUUCCUGACGGACGUCUCCGAUGUGCAGGAGAUGGAGAAAGGACUGCUGAGCCUUCUCAAUGACUUCCACAAUGGAAAACUACAGGCCUUUGGUAAUGAGUGUUCUAUAGAUCAGAUGGAACAUGUGAGAGAGAUGCAGGAGAAGUUGGCUCGGCUGCACUUUGACCUUUACGGGGAGGUGGACGAGAUGCCUGAGGACCAACGGAAGACCGCCUGCGACUCCAACAUGGACAAACUACUGCUCAACGUAAGAUCUGGCAAUAGGUUUGGUUAAGCUAGAGGAACUGAGUUCGUCAAUUCAGAAGCUGAAUCUGGCAGACAGCCAGGAGAUACCCAGGACAGCCAGCAUUUAAGUCGGUCUUCAGUCAAGUCUCAUCUCCUUGUCUCCUAACCUCUUCUCCUUAUUUGAUUUCCUUAUCCCCUAAAUUCA